GUUAUUCUCAUCCCUAAGAAGAAGGAUCCUCAAACUGUGUCGGAGUUUAGGCCUAUUGCACUGUGUAUCGUUGUUUAUAAGAUCAUGGCAAAAAUGUUGCCCAACAGAAUGAAGCCAUUCCUGGGUGGGGUGAUCUCGGAAUCCCAAAGUGCUUUUCUUCAUGGCAGGUUAAUCACUGAUAUAAUUGCAGGAGAGAUUGAUUGGUCAUUUCGUUCAUGGGAAGCAGUUGGGGAAGGUUGGCUGGGGGUGGGGGGGGGUUAUGGAGGGUUUUCCUUAAGUGUAUGUUGUUGGCACUUGGUUUUGGGGAAAGAUGGGAGAAUUCAAUUAUGAAAUGUAUCAUGACAGUUACCUAUCAUAUUAUGAUCAAUGGUGGCGUAGGUGGUCGUGUGACCCCCACACGUGAAUUGUUUAUUAUUUGUGCAAAGGGACUUUAUAUCAUGUUGCAGCAGGCGCAGUCUUCUGGUGCUAUUCAUGGCUGCAGGGUGGCCCAUGGAGCCCCCGCGGUCUCCCAUUUAUUUCUUUGCGGAUGAUAUUCUGUUGUUCUUUAAAGCUAACUUGCAGGAGGCUGAAGUGGUCAAGCAGUGUCUCCGUACGUAUGAGGAUCUGUCAGGCCAGGCUGUUAACUUACACAAAUGCAAUAUCUGUUUUAGUAAGAACACUACGGGAGCUCGUGGUGGUCUCAUUGCAGGUGUUUCAGGGGUGACUGGAACGGAAAAUGUUGGUAAGUGUUUGGGUUUACCAUCUUUUGUUGGGUGGAACAAGCGAGCGGUUUUCACCUAUAUUGAAGAGAAAAUUACACAGAGAAUUAGUGCUUGGAAUAAGAGGUUGCUUAGGAGGGAAGGCAAGGAGAUUCUACUCAAAACCAUAGCUCGAGCUAUGCCUACCUUUUCUAUGAGCGUGUUCCUUAUCCCAAAUUCUCUGUGCUCAGCUGAACGCACUAUGAGUCGUUUUUGGUGGGGCUAUGGUGGUUCCAAUGGUAGGGGUAUACAUUGGAUGGCUUGGGUUUUUAAAGCAAAGUACUUUCCUAAAUCAUCUUUUAUUGAUGCUGCUGUUGGGAAUUGUCCCAGUUACUGCUGGAGAAGUGUUAUGGCCUCCCAUGAUUUGAUUUGCAGUGAGAUUCGACGCAGGAUUGGUGAUGGGGCUGGUACGCUUUUGUGACAUUAUGCCACAUCAGCUUUGUGGGACUGUGUUGGCAGGGUUGAUUGACCCUUUUUCACGUACAUGGGACCUUCCGCUUUUUUCACGUACAUGGGACCUUACACAGAUUAGAAAUUCACAAUAGUAAGAUCUCUCCUAGCCGGUUGCUAUGUUUUUCCCCUCUCUGCUUGUCAGGGUCUCCCU